AUGGAGAAGGUAAGUGCCUCCACUGUGGGUGAGGUGGAGAUCAUGGAUGCCCAGUCGAUUCUACAACGUUUGGAAGAGCACAGGUUGUCCGACGUGUUCGAGGCUGCCCAAGGUGACGAGCCGGAAGCGAUGCUUUUCUCUUUGGAGGACAUCCAGGAGGAGCUGGACGCCUUUCGUUGGAUCACAACCGAGGUUGUCGCCCGUCGGCUCGAGCUUGAAGCGCUGGAGGAGGAGAACCGAUGCAUUCGAGAGGAGCAGACAACUCUUCGGCAAAGGUACGAAGACAUGAUGGAGCAGGCAGAAUCAAACUUGCGUGAAGACCAUGAAAGCAUGUGA